AUGUCUAGGCCUCACGAGAGCUUCACAACGCCCUACUACUCCGCCGUGAUCGAUGAUGACGAGGCUCCCCCGAGCAGCUGUUUCCGGCGGUUGUGCUUCGGGCGGGGCGACGACAACAGCUACCUCUUGCAAGAAAGCGGCGUACAAGAGAAGGCGUGGGUGGCGACGCAAUUCAAGAAAGUGAAGCAGUGGUCGGAGGUGGUGGCGGGCCCCAAAUGGAAGAACUUGAUCAGGAAGAUAGGCAGGCUGUGUCACUGUCACAAGAGGAAGCAGCCGUUUCAGUACUCGCCGGAGAGCUACGCCCUCAACUUCGCCGCCGAUCAAGAAGAAGCUAAUCCGUUGCACAGUUUCUCCGCAAGGUUUGGGCCUCGUGUGCCCAUCAACCAUAAUGCUGCUUCCUAA